AUGGCCGAGGCCGAUUUCGAAAUCGACUUCUAUGGCGAUGCCGCGAGCGAGCACCAGCCCCAGCAAGACAACACCAAGGAGGGCGAGAAUGAAUAUCGAGACCACGAAGACGACUACUCCAAGGGCCCUGCCGCGAGCACAAAGAGGAAAUCAGAGGAGGCCGACCGUCCCGUCGAUGCAAACGCCACCCCGGCCGUCAUGAUCUCCGAGCUUAACUGGUGGACGACCGACGAUGAUAUCCGCGGCUGGCUGAGAAAAGCCGAGUGCGAAGGCGAGGUCAAGGAACUGACCUUUAGUGAGCACAAGGUCAACGGCAAGAGCAAGGGGCAGGCGUACGUCGAGUUCCAGUCCCGCCAAGCAGCCACGGCCGCCAAGCACCAUUUUGACCAAAUAACGGGAGAUGCCGCCCAGCCGGCGCAGAAGAAGAUGACCGUCUCGUACUGGAACCCGGGCAUGAACCCGUUUCGAACCCUGCCCAAGGAUGCCCCGGCGCGGGUCAAGGAGCAGCCGCGUACUGCCCCGUCGGGCCCGUAUAAUGAUCGAGGCAACUAUGGCGGCGGCUUCCGGGGACGUGGGGGCUUCAGCGGAGGGCGUGGCAACAUGGCCCAAGGCAACUUCAAUCGCAACUUCAACCCCAACAUGGGCUACAACAACAACAACAUGGGCGGCGGCUUCAAUGGCCCCAUGGGCGGCGGCGGCGGCAAUUUCGGCUUUGGCGGCCGGGGCGGCAUGAUGGGAGGCGGCAUGAGGGGCGGCCCUGGCGGCAUGCGAGGCGGCCGGGGCGGGAACAUGAUGGGCAUGGGCCCCAUGGGCGGCAUGCCGAUGGGGAUGCCCGGGAACAUGGGCAUGAUGGGCAUGGGCGGCGGGUUCCAAGGCAUGAACCCCGGCUUCACCGGCGGCGGCUUUGGCUUCGGGCAGAACCAGGGCGGAGGCGGAAACGGCGACUGGGGCAACCCGCACGGAGCCAAGCGCCCGAGGCCCGAAUAG